GUCCAAGGGAGAUAAUCAUAUCCGGUUACACACUUCCGGCAAAACAACGACCACGAGUUUCGAGGGUUUGAGCACUCCAGCUCGAAACUGACACCAUGGCAACAGCAGAUGGGAGUGAAAACAGUAUACCUUCUGAGUUAAAGGAAAAGCUAGCAGCAUUUGACACGUCAUUAUCAGACAUGGAAAAGAUUGUCCACCCCUGGCUGGAAGUGCCAGAAAGUGAGCUACAUGAGAAGUUAUCUCCCCUUGACAAAGCCAAACUGGAUUUGGUUGGUGCUUACACAAUUAAUUCUUUGUUUUGGAUGUACCUGAAUGUGUGUGGAGAGAAACCUAAGGAACAUGCAGUAAAACAGGAACUGGACCGUAUCAGGAGCUAUAUGACCCGGGUGAAGGACGUCCAGGACAAACUUACAAUCAUGCCACAUAUCGACAAAGGCGCAGCCAAACGCUUCCAGAGGAAUGCUCUGUGGCAAGCAGCCAAAGGUCAACAGGGCACUGACAAUGCAGAUGGGUCAGUCAGUGCAGGUGAUAAACUCACCAGGACAACACCUGUCCCUGGUACCUCGUCUGAGGACGUGAUCACUGUGCCUGGUAUUUCAGUGAAGAAAAGGAAGAAAAGGAAUGAUGAUGAAGAAUUAGGUGAUGGCUUGGCAUUAGGAGAAACGAAAAGCAAGAAAAAGAAGAAAAAGAAAGAUAAAAAAUAGUAUUGCAUAUAAUUAUAUUGUGUAGGAGAUUUAUGAUCUGUUUGUGAGUGUUUUGUAUGGCGUGUGUAUAACCAGGCAGUUUGAAAGAGAAAUCGAGUGAGAGGUUUAAAAUGUAAAAAAGUUAUCAGAUACUAGUUAAUGUUAAAAUGGGGAUUUAAAUCGUGAGUUUAGAUAACAUUUAUUAAAUGUAAUUUUAUAUGUUA